AUGAAAAACCAGAAUCUACCUGAUACAAUCCACCUAGUGUGUAAAACAGCUGUCAAUGUAUUGCAAUACAAAAGGGCUAUCAAUGAGAAGUCAGUGUUUGGAUGUAAUCUUCACAUAAAUACAACGUCAGGCUAUAUAAAAGGGCAAACGGUUGAGGCGUUAAACAUAAGUAUCGAUGAAUUUCUAGGCAUACCGUACGCCAAACCGCCCGUCGGAACCCUUAGAUUCGCAAAACCAGUGCCCAUCACACUCACAGAACCGCUUAAUAGGACGGCCACCAACUUUAGACCUCAAUGUUUGCAUCACUCCAUGUCAUUUGGGAAUCAAUCUGAAGACUGUCUGUAUUUGAAUAUAUGGGCGCCGAGUUUCAGAACUAAUAACCCAUUAAAUCCUGUGAUGGUAUACAUGGAAGAGCCCACGUUUAUGGUCAACACUAUCCAUAGGAUCAGACGUUUCAACGGGUCUGCACUCGCAGCCCAUGAUGUGGUCGUCAUAUCAGUCAGCUAUAGAGUGUCUGUUUUAGGCUACUUAUACGGAGGUGAAGAGUCCGCACCGGGAAAUGUGGCCAUUUAUGAUCAAAUACAAGCCCUAGAGUCAGUGUUUGGAUGUAAUCUUCACAUAAAUACAACGUCAGGCUAUAUAAAAGGGCAAACGGUUGAGGCGUUAAACAUAAGUAUCGAUGAAUUUCUAGGCAUACCGUACGCCAAACCGCCCGUCAGAACCCUUAGAUUCGCAAAACUAGUGCCCAUCGCACUCACAGAACCGCUUAAUAGGACGGCCACCAACUUUAGACCUCAAUGUUUGCAUCACUCCAUGUCAUACGCGAAUCAAUCUGAAGACUGUCUGUAUCUGAAUAUAUGGGCGCCGAGUUUCAGAACUAAUAACGUAUUAAAUCCUGUGAUGGUAUACAUGGAAGAGCCCACGCUUCUGGUCAACACUAUCCAUAGGACCAGACGUUUCAACGGCUCUGCACUCGCAGCCCAUGAUGUGGUCGUCAUAUCAGUCAGCUAUAGAGUGUCUGUUUUAGGCUACUUAUACGGAGGUGAAGAGUCCGCACCGGGAAAUGUGGCCAUUUAUGAUCAAAUACAAGCCCUAAACUGGAUCAGAGAUAAUUCACAAUCGUUUUGCGGCGACAGAAAUAGGAUAACAGCGUUCGGUCAGAGCGGCGGCAGUAUAUCGGUGUCGGCUCUCGUACUGUCGCCCCAAUCGCGAGGUCUGUUCCGACGGGCGAUACUUCAAAGCGGCGCUCAAUUGCACGCAAAGGGUAAAGAAGUUUACAGUAAAACGGAUGCCAUUAAUGAAGCGAAACAAAUGGCCCGACAAUUACAUUGUGGAAAAAUCGGUGAUUAUAGUAUAGAAUGGCUCAAUUGUUUACGUAAUGUAAACUUAAGGAAAUUGCUCAUGAUGGUUGAUACACCCAUACAACCUAUUGUUGAGGGCACAGAACUUUUGCCUAUGAUCGCACAAAAAGCGUUUAUAGGCCAGGAUUAUAAUCGGGACUUAGAUAUAUUGGCGGGUGUUGUGCAAAAUGAAGGCUCGCUUUUAGCACUGAAUCAAUGGCCAGAAUUAGUCAAUGAUAUCAGUGAACAAACAUUCACAGAAUUAGUGAACAAAUCAAAAAUUGUUGACUAUUACCUGAAGAAUGUCUACAAAACCCAAAAUGUUGGCUGCAAUGAAAAGACAAUGGGUAUAUGUCAUGGAUCUGAUCUGGUGUUUGUGUCUGGAGCGCCAUUCAUUUACCCAAAUGACGGCUACACCACACGUGACAUGCAUUUCAGCGUUCAAGUGAUGAAACUAUGGACUAAUUUUGCCAAAUAUGGCAAACCGAACGAUAAUAAUUGGCCACAACUGAUGGCCCGUAAAAAGUACAAUCAAUUCGCCGACCAAAACCAGCUUUAA